CCCUCCUCCCGCCCACCUCACCCCCUCUAGUUGGAGCUUUCUGCUAUUGGUAUUAAGCUUUAAGUUUCCUCUCUUUCUAAUAAAUAUCCUCAUCCCCUUUCUCCCUUGUUUCACCUUCAAUAUCAGCAUCCAUGGACUCUCAUCAAAUAGUUGCCAAGUCCAAACAGCGCUAUUAUUAUUCUCCUUUCCCUUCUUGUUUCCGUCGCCCUAUUGAGGUGGCUGCCGCAUCUCGCCCUCUUCCACUGCAUCAGCCACCUGUUGCUGCCAAUCCCAACUUGGCAACCUCCCUCUACAAAACCUACAUCGGCCUCUUUGCUCUCACUUGGUCACGCAACCUCUUUGGCAGAUCUUUUCACAUCCAUUUCCUCCUCAAUGAUGGAGUUGUUGACUGCAAUACCAGUAGUACCUCUUCUUUCCACCUCCACAUUAAGCCUUUCAUUUUCUGGAAGAAACAGGGCUCCAAGAAGGUGGAUAACAAUGUCCACAUCUUUUGGGAUCUUUCCAAAGCUAAAUUUGGAUUCGGCCCUGAACCUCGAUCUGGAUUCUACAUCGCCGUCAUCGUUAAUCGCCAAAUGGUUCUUCUUGUCGGCGAUUUACCCAAAGAAGCUUACUCCAGAACCCGAGCUCCAAAGCCAGAGAAUUAUCCGUAUCCGAAUCCAAACAUGGUGCUGCGGAGGGAACAUGUGUGUGGGAACAGACUGUACAAAACAAAAGCAAACUUCGGUGGAAAAGAAAGAGAAAUAUCGAUUGAUUGCAGGAUCGGGGAAGAUCCAAGGUUGUAUUUCAGCGUGGAUAACAAAAGGGUGUUGCAGAUUAAGCACUUGAAAUGGAAAUUCAGAGGCAAUGAGAGGAUUGAAGUAGAUGGGGUUCCAGUAUUGGUAUCAUGGGAUGUCUAUAACUGGUUGUUUGAUGAUGACGAAGAUGGCUAUGCUCUGUUCAUGUUCAAAUUCGAGAAAUCAAGUUUGGAUGACCAAGGAGUUCAGAUGUGGUCGCAACAGUCUUGUGGAUUCGGGUUCGAGACGAAGAUGAUGAAGAAAGGGGUAUUGAGAAGUUCUAGAAGUUCAUCUUCUUCAUCUUUGUCUUCAGCAUCUUCAACCUGUAGCUCUGUAAUGGAAUGGGCUAGCACUGAAGAAAAUGAAUUGAAGGGUCCUUCUGGAUUUUCUUUGCUCGUUUAUGCUUGGAAGACCUGACUAAUUACUCUAGUUCAUUAAAAGCUGCAAUCAUUGGGGCUUUAAGGGCAAAUUAAAAGUAGCCGUGAUUUUUGACUUCUGUUGAUUCUUCAUCACACUUUGGUGAAUGCUAAGUUUAGCUUGGUCAAAGCGUAAUCCACCUUGAGGCCUUGCGGGUAUAUUUGACGAUUGAGCGUUGUGUUUUUGCACCAUUUUUGCCUUAAAAGAAUUUGAAUGACUCGCCACUUGAUACAAACUACAAAAAAUAAAAAGAAAAGGUCACUUUUGGCAAGUCAAUGUACAGUCAGGAAGAAUAGGAUGGUCUUUGGUCAUGUGGUCUAGUAUAAUUAGAGUGCAUGGGAAGUAGCAGCUGGAAAUUGCAGUGGCUUGUUUCCACUAACAUGUAGUAUUAUGAUGAUGAAUGAUGCAUUUUCUCUGA